AUGGGUACGCCACCGAGCAAAGUAUUUCAUCAGUCCGCCCUCCCGCCCUUUUUGAACGUCAUCGUACUACACCUCCCUACUCUCCAUGUAAGGCGUUUGACAACGCAUCCUGCCAGAAUGGAAAUUCAUGGCGUCGUGUCUCUCAACAUCACGAUCAUAUUCACUUCAGGAGGGGGUGGGCUGAGCGGCAAGAACUUCGAUCACCUGAAAAAUUUCGUGUGCCGCAACACGGAAAUUCGCCCAUCAGAGAUCGAGAACGACGCUCCCGUGGUGGUCAGUCAGCAAGCUCUAGAGAAGACGUUGACUCGCCUCGGCAUCUCGGCUGAACGGGUGCGCUCUGCAAGUCAUUCGAGAGGCAAGCUUGCGACUCUCGUAGACUGUCAAGCUGCGAGCUCAGCCGAGCAACACGGCAGCACCAAAAGAGGUACCAUCGAGACGUCAAAGUGGAGGAACACAGCGAAUGAACUGCAGCCAGUCAUCGAUCGCAUUGGUUCAAGCAUCCAGAGGCUCAACCAUCAAUGGCAGAUCUUGGACGACGCACAAAAGCGACUGGAAAAAUUGUUCAUCGUAACCUCAGAUGAGGUAGAUUGGGACGAUCCAGUCAGAAGGAUUCAAUCGGAGCUGGAUCUCUUUGAAUGUGAAGAGACGGAUCCAUGA